AUGGCCGAGUACGAUUGGGAUUCUCCGUGAUUGUGGCUUUUGGUUCUUGUGCAUAUUUUGAUUAAUUUUCAUCUAUUUUUUUCAAAAAUGUCUGGUGGUGAUUCUAGAACCUACUGCCUCCGAGUAUUGGCUGUAAAAGCAGAUGAUCAGCAAGUGUAUGAAGAGGAAAACGGCGAUGAUGGACCCUCUGAGUUUUUCGUGUUUAGAAGGUCGCGUUUCAGGAAGCUAUUUAAUUUCGACUAUGAGCGAGUUGUUAGAGAAGUGGCAUCGAACAAGGAUUUCUCUAUACGAAAGAUCCAGCCAAACUACGGGGAAUCCUGUCGUCGAUUAGGACUGUAUUUCACUCCCGGCGGCUGCACACAUUUUCGUCCCGAACGCCGCCUCAACCUCCUCCACCUUUGCUUUGAUGCUGAAAACAUUCUACCACCAUCGACAGAAGAAAACAGUGAGGGGGAGCGGAUGGAAUCAUACCAACAUCGAAAACAGACAAUCGCGAAACUCUUCCAAUUUCUUCGAGAGACCCACGAAUUUGAUAUUUUACACCAAUCUGUUCCCGAGAAACCUGAGAGCAGCUCCUUAAAAGCAACGCUUCGUCCAUAUCAACUGCGAGCGGUUCGAUGGCUGCUGCAUCGUGAGCUCGCACAAGAAACACUGCCACAUAAUUAUUUAGCGGUAACAUGCUCUGAACUGCCAGGGGUAGAGUUCUUUUUGAACCCUGAUUACCUCCAAGUCACUGAAAACGUGCCAGAUGACAUCCCCCUGCCAACAGGUGGAAUCCUAGCUGACGAGAUGGGUUUGGGCAAAACAGUAGAAAUGCUUGCCCUCUUCUUGCUGAACAAAAGGGGUCUCCCUAAUCUGACCUCAGCGGACGAUAAAUCUCCUCAGUUUGACCCAUCUGCGAGAAAUUCUGAAGUGGAAAUCAGCUGUCUUUGCGGGAGUGAAUCUAAAAGGAACCUCAUUAAAUGCGGUCGCUGCGGAACAUUCCAACACACACGUUGUACAAGAAAAUAUGCCAGCCAGCAGGACGAGGAAUCCUCGUACCUCUGUCCAAAAUGCUGGGAAGAGGAACCGAUCACCAAGUCGAAUACGACGAUAAUUGUCUCGCCAGCAACAAUCCGACAACAAUGGGGCUCCGAGAUAGCGAAACACACCGAAAACGUGCGCGUCUUCACGUAUGAUGGUGUCGUGACCACUGGGUGGAUAAAUCCUAUUGAACUUUCGCGAUUCGACAUCGUCCUCACUGACUACAACGUGCUGAAAAAAGAAAUUGAUUUCUCAAUGGACAGGGACACCCAGUUGACGCUAAGAAGAAAACGUAAAUAUAUUCGGAAGUCGACACCCUUGAAUAUGAUUGAAUGGUGGCGAGUUUUAUUGGACGAGGCUCAGAUGGUGGAAUCUGGUGUAACAAAAUGCGCUCAAAUGGUCAAGGAGUUGGCAGCUAUUCACCGUUGGGCUGUGACGGGUACUCCCAUUCAAAAGUCCAUCGACGACAUUCGCGGAUUACUUGAGUUCAUAGGCAUUGCGCCAUUUUCAAAACAUCACAUUUGGCAGUCACUUUCCGCUGCUUUCCAAGCGGGCAAUCGAAAGCCUUUAAUGGAUGUAUUGUCAAAAGUAAUGUGGCGCACAUGUAAAGCGACUGUCCUAGAGGAGCUGGGCAUCCCACCACAAACGGAGAAAGUUCAUUAUCUAGUCAUGUCGGACGUGCAAAGGUUGUUUUACCGUGGACAACAUUCAUCAUCGUCGUGGGCAUUCGAGAAUGUCAUUCGUAAAUAUCCAGCCUCACUGAGUUUGUCGCAGUUGGAUCCACAUUCCUUGAAAACGAUAUUAGAACCACUCCGAAAACUUCGACAAGAUUGUACGGUCCCUGUGAUAUUCAAGAAGAUGGAGCAAUCACAAGUAAAGAAAUGUCUGACUCCAAAGGAGUUAACGGAACAUUUGAUUUCGAAAAAUGAGUUGGAGUCGAAAAAUCACCUGCGAUGUAUGGUUUCAGCAAUUAACGGACAAGCUGCACUACGUAUCAUUCGCCAAGAGUACCCUAAGGCAACUGAGCUGUACACAUCCGUUUUAGCACUGGCGGAAAAAUAUAAUGAAAUCAUAAGCGUUGAUACCUUGCUACAAAUUCAUGCCCUUCACAACCUCGUAGAGAUUUACUCAAUGGCACCAUCAAACACGACCGAUCUGAACGCCGAAAAAGCACUAGAUUAUAAAAGCCGUUGUGAUAAAUUGGAAUGGAAGUAUCUGUCAAUUUACAACGAGCAAUUCCUGAAAGCACAAACCAAUUUUAAUCAAGCCCAAAAUGCAUACUUAGAGACAGCAACUAAGUUGCCUAAAAAUAAGGAAGUUUGCUGGCAAAGUUUACUGGCUACACUGAAAAUGAACAAUUUAGAUGUGCGGUUUUUAGAUAAACUUAAUGAGGAAUAUGCUCUUACCGAACCAAACAUGAUGCACAACUUUCGCAUGAUUGAAGGAGUCUCGUUCUUCCUCAUCCAAUGGAUCGACAAAAUCUUCCUAAUGCGCACUGAGGUGUUGAAGCAUUUUCAAAAGUUCAAAGCAUAUGUUUCGAAUAUAAAACCUCAAAGUGAACUGACGGAGGAGGGUCGAAGGAUUAUUAAAACAUUCGUUACGGUUACUUUUGAUUGUCAUUUAAAUGAGUUACGGAACAAUUCUAAGAAGAAAAAGGAGAAAGAUAAAGAGAAACGAAAUUUUUGUAAUCUCUGCAAGGCUAAGAAAUGCUUGGACGAGUAUGAAUGCGUUAUUUUCAAUAAAAUAUUUGAUGAUAAGAGAGAAAAUAUGGAAGGAUCGUGGAAACCUACAAUUCAAGAAAGUAUUUGCAGAACUAUUUUGCGGUUCGCCCGAGCAAGUAAUAUUGACGAUGAUGAUUUCGUUGAAGCCAAUGAAUUCCUAAAAUUACUUGAGUGUGUGAAAAAUGAGUACAAAGAAUUAGUAAAACUAUGGAUAGAAAUAGAGUAUACAGUGAAAGCUUAUGAUGAAAUCGAUAUGUGCAAACUCCGACUGCAAUUACUCGAAGACGGAGCUGAUGAGGAUGAUGAGGAAGAAGAAAAAGCGAACUAUCAACUUAAACCUGCGGAGGUUGAAUUCUACUUGGAGGAGUUGGCUAACGACUACCUUGUGGCUGAAACCCAAUUUCAAAAGAAACUGUCGCGACUAAAUUAUAUCCGACAUUUGGAAAGUAAUGAAGAUCCUGGUAUUUGCCCGAUUUGUAAACAUGAGCCAGAUGCUAAGUAUUCAAUGUUGCAAUGUGGUCAUCAUUUAUGCAUGAUGUGCUUAAUUGGUAUGAAGGAGUUUCAACGUAACGUACUUACUUGUGCUGUUUGUCGGUUUCGUCAAAAAUAUGAAGAGGUAUAUUAUGUAACACGCAAACCCAACGAUCCAGACUUAGAAAUUAUCGAGGUAAAAGGACAAUAUUCUUCGAAAGUCGAAGAAAUUGUACGGGAAAUUCUAAGACUUAAGAAAAUUGAAAGUGAUGUGAAAAUUAUAAUUUUUUCUCAUUGGUACGCUAUUCUCGGGGUUAUUGCUCACGCUCUUCAAACCAACGAUAUUACAUUUGCUUUCAAACAAAAUGUCACACAAGCAAUAAACUUGUUUAAGCAACCAGAUUCGAACAUUACCUGUUUACUCCUUAUGCUAUCCCAGGGCAGUAAAGGGUUGAAUUUAACAGAGGCUACCCAUGUUUUCCUGGUGGAACCAAUUUUGAAUCCAGGUGAAGAGCAACAGGCUAUCGGACGUAUUCACCGGAUUGGGCAAACAAGACCCACAACCGUUCAUCGAUUUAUUAUGAAGGAAACAAUCGAGGAGACGAUUCAUAAUACAGUUUCAAACGAUCAGCACGGAAAGUGGGCUGAUAACGACCUUACGAUCAAUAAUAUCCGCAGUCUAUUCUCGUUAGAUUAAGAAAACGAUACGUAUAUUUUCCGUACUGUAUAUGCUAAGUGUGAUUAAGGAUAUUUUAAGUAAGGAGCAUAAUGUUGUACAACAGUAAAUU